AUGCCGCUCAGCAUCGGGGUUAACCUGAGGGUAACCGGCCACUGCAAUCAAGGUGGACGCAAGUACAUGGAGGACAUGUUCUGCGUGGCGUUCCAGCCGACUCCGGACGACAAAGACCUCGAGUACGCGUUCUUCGGCAUAUUCGACGGCCACGGGGGCGGCGAGGCCGCGACGUUCGCCAAGGAGCAUCUCAUGGAGAUUAUCGUGAAGCAGAAGAACUUUUGGAGUGAUCGCGAUGAGGACGUACUGCGGGCGAUCAGGGAGGGAUACGUGAACACGCACUACGCGAUGUGGCGAGAGCUCGACAAAUGGCCACGAACCGCAUCUGGAUUGCCAUCCACAGCUGGCACGACCGCCAGCAUCGCGUUCAUUCGAAAGGGCAAGAUUUACAUCGGCCAUGUGGGAGAUUCCGCUAUCAUUUUGGGCUACCAAACGGAAGGUGAAAACCAGUGGAGAGCAAAAGCUCUGACGAAAGACCAUAAGCCAGAGAGUGGGCCGGAAAUGAUGCGCAUACAGGACGCGGGUGGAAAGGUUGUUAGUAAAUCUGGUGUUCCAAGAGUGGUAUGGAAUCGACCUCGUAUAGGGCAUAAAGGUCCAGUUCGCAGAUCCACUCAUAUGGACGAAAUCCCCUUUCUUGCAGUAGCCAGAUCAUUGGGUGACUUGUGGAGUUAUAAUUCAGAGCUAGACACUUUUGUGGUGUCACCUGAACCAGAUGUGAAAGUUAUUCCAGUUGAUGUUAAGUCACACCGCUGUCUCAUAUUUGGUACCGAUGGUUUGUGGAACAUGUUGUCUCCCCAAGCUGCAGUAGCCAUUGUUCAAGCUACAGAUAGGCAUAAUGAGAAACACUUGAUAGCCUCUCAGCAGACUGGGAAUGAACUAUCUGACAUGCAAACGUGGAUAAAUCCUUCGAAAAGUCUCGUGGAUCGUGCGCUAGAAAGAUGGUCAUCGACUCGAUUGCGCGCGGACAACACUAGUGUUGUAACCCUGAUGCUUGAUCCAUCAGGACCAUGUCGCAGUGAGGUGCUGUUCAAUACAAAGAAGGACCGUGUUAUACAUCAUGGGACGUACAUGCCGACUGCGAGCACGAUGCCCGGGAAUGUCGAGGAGGAGGAGGAGGAUAAUUCGAAAGUUUUAAAUGCAUGCGAACCUGUACCACCGCCAAUCGCCUCUACGCAUCCCGAAGUUGACGCCAAGCUACCGGACUCGUCCAACGGCAAUGACGACAUCGUCGCUCCAUCGUUACAGCCGGAGACAAUCCCAUCUCCUGAAAAAUCAGUUGAAAAAUCAACUAGUUUUUAUAUCGAUAAUUCCACGAAAUUGCAAGAGACAAGAGCAGCGGACAAGAACAACACGGCGGAGGUUGCAGACGUCGUUGAAAGUAUUCAAGUCGACGAGGUCUCCUCUAGUGAAAUACUAGAAGAAGGCGCAGAAAUGGAAAAAAAGGGAACGGAUGAAGCCGUUGUUGCCAAGUUGACCAACCUCAAAGAUGAGAAGCAAGCAACAAGCGAACGGGAUGGAACCGAAGAAAAGCACGAUAACACGCUGAUCACGAGUCAGAUAAAGCAGUUGGACAAAGAAUUUCUGUCGGAGACGGGAGUACCCAAUGCGACGCCACAGACUGAACUUUCCAGCGCGAACGAGGACGUCCAACCCGACGGCACGCUCAUCGGCAGCAAGCUGCGUCGAAGCGGCGGUAUUCUCGCUGAGAACAACAGUUGCAACGAUGAUGAAGCGAGAAAUGAUGUUUUGAGCAGACAAAGGCACAAACAACCGCAACAGCAUCCACUGUUCCCGGCUGCUACGCCUGAUGUUCGAAGCAUCAAGCGACGACACAGCUUGAACUCGCAAAGCCGCAAUGCUUACGCGGACGUCGCACCCACGGACCCUAAGAGUUAUGUGAGUAUCAAGUCACGAUACAAGGUGCCGAUAACGAAAUCCUCCGGGAACGUGACGAACGAGGAGAACGCGUUGAAGAAGAGCGCGCCAAGCCGGCAAACGAGCGGCGGCAAUGCUGCUGCUGUGGUGGGUAACAAACGCAGGCACAGUGCGAUCGCGCAGGCAGUCGACGGCGGCUGCGGUAUUCAGCAACAGCAGCAGGAGCCGUGUGCCAAGAGGAGGACGCGCUCGGAGGACCGGCCGAGUCUGACGGACGAGAACGAUCCGGCUAACAAAGUGACUGAGGACGCCAGCAGCCGGUUGAGUUGGCCUACGUCGGACUCUGCGUUGUCGAAGAAUAAUGGGACCGCCGCGACGUUGUCCGGCCAAGACAGGCUCUCGUCGUCCAACACGUUCCAACGGAGGAGCUUAGGGAAGAAGGCUACGCUCGUGAAAACCAUCAGGAGGCCGUCUAUGAGCGGUUCGAAUCGACUGCAACAGCUGAGAGGUAGUUUCGGCCUAAGGGAUUGGGACCAAGGAAGAAGCAACCGAACGAACAAUUGUAAUGAUAGAAGAUUGAACAGGACAGUAGCGCUGAUGAGCCCUACAGAUACGACGAUGCCACAACGAUGGCUAAGAUCAGACACAAUGGCGGCGACACCUGUGAAGACAUUACGUUCACGUAACGUAGACAUCGCCGGGCAUACCAUAUCCGCGCAGAUGGUCCAUCAGUACGGCGUGGUGAAGCAGAACCGAUUGCCCAUGCCGAAUAAGCUGAAGCAAUCUACGAACAGUGGUUCGUUGCAAUCGAGUAGAGUCAGGUCUUCCUCGUUGUCGUCCAAUAAACUUAAACAAGCGAAUAGUAACGGUGGAAGCGUGAGUACUUGCGCGGCCAUUAAUAACGCGACCACAGGUUGUAGUUCCACCUCUGGUAUAGCUAAGAGAGUCAAGUCGCCUUACAAUCCCAGUGCUCGAUCCUUGAACACGCGGUCUCGUAUCAAGCGUCUCGGAAAGUAAGGAUACGUAGUUAGCGGCCCUAUAUUUGCAAUUAGCUCGAAGAUUCUUAGGGUAUGACACACUCUUACCCUUAAUAUUAUUAGUUUUUUAAGCAUCUACGUAUUAUCUUACAGUGAUAUAAACCAAUUGUUACAUAUAGCACACAACAAUACACACACAUUUAAUACAUGCUUUGAAACUUUGUCACUUUCAUCGUUGAGACUC